CAAAUCGCAUUCCGCAUACUGAAAUCUAAUCCGAGGACAUCAGGAUGUGUGACAUAAUCCCCAAGACAUCUGAAAACUGCGCUCCUCCAAACAGGGCUCCAGGGGUGGUUUGGGGAGAUAUGCGGACCUCUGUUACUCACUGUUUGCUCUUGCAGCGAUCUAUAAAAGAGGGGCGGACACCAACUGCCCCCAAACGUCAGAGCGCACUUAACUAUAAAUCUCUCCAAACUGCUCGCUGCGCCCGGUGCGGUGUUAUGCGCAGACAUCUGUCCUGCUUCAGUCCAAUAUGAGGACAACGCGUGUGGAGACCCCCUCGAGCUAUACAGACACUAUCUGACCCGGAGAAAAUGGAGAAUAAAUACCCCCCAUCUGUGUUGUUUACCGCGGCAAGCUUAGUGUAAAAAAAUGUUGGCGGUUUUGAUUUUUUUAACGCAGUUUUGGAUUUAAGGGCGCUUUAAGUGUUUUAUCAAGAGGCACGCAAGACGUUCUUGCUCUCUGGGAAGCAAAUAUUGAACACCUUAUGCGCCCUGCUUACGAGCUGCAAGGGCUGAUGUCUUUAUUGGACUCCUUUCUGUCGGAGAUGGUGGAUCUCUCUCGGAUUUCCAACGUGGAAACGUAGCAUCCAAUUAAUCAGCGACUGCAACUGUACCCCCGUAAGGCGCAGUGGCACUUGGUCCGCUCUCUUCAACACCUACCUUUGGACUCCAAAGUGUGGAGAGAGACGCACGAUUUGGCUGGUGCGCCAGAUCGGAAUAUGAAAAACAUACCUGGUGCCAGUAUUUCAGCCUUUUUUCUGUUUGGACACAAACUGAAUUUGAACUCGCUUUCGUGAAAUUUUCGCGUUCGGGUUGUUUGAAAUGAUCCAUGCCGCUGAAUCAGCUGGGAACACUAAAUGAGUGGCGUUUUCUGUUUGGAUUUUACCACCAACAGCCAAGCGAGUUUCAGGUCUGCAUGGGCCAUAUUUAAGCUUUCUUCAUAGGAACUGAGUCUAAGAUGAAGUUAUGGGAUGUUUUGGCCACGUGUUUGUUGCUCCUGAGCUCUGCUGCUACAAGGCCUCUCUACCAAAACACUCAGCCAGCCAAGAGAAAUUACUUCCCCAGCAGCUACACUGAUUCUGUGUCCCUGUCUGUGGAGGACGAAGAGCCAUCGUUCCAGCGCCAAGAACACAACCUGCAGGAGAUCUCCAUGGAGGAUCAGUAUGACAUUGGAGGUCCUUAUCCAGAGCAGUACGAUGACGUGAUGGAUUUUAUCGAGGCUACCAUUGGCAGACUCCGGAGAUCUUCAGAACCCAGUGGAAGCUCCAGGGGACGGAAGGAGCAGAGACAAAGAGGAGCAGCAAACACAGGAGGCUCGAGAGGCGGAGGGAGAGGACAUGGAGACAGGAGGCGAGGUCGAGGCCGAGGGGGAAGCCGAGGCGGUAAAGGAGGCCGAGGUGAGAAAGGGAGGGAGAGGAUAUCGGUGCAGAGUCGAGGCUGCUUGCUAAAGGAAGUCCAUCUCAAUGUGACGGAUUUGGGGUUGGGCUACCAGACUAAAGAGGAGCUGAUCUUCCGGUACUGUAGCGGCCCCUGCAUCGAGGCCGAGACCAACUAUGAUAAGAUCCUGAACAACCUCACACACAACAAAAAGCUGGACAAGGACACGCCCUCUCGCACCUGCUGUCGACCGAUCGCAUUCGAUGAUGACUUGUCCUUUUUGGACGACAACGUGGUGUAUCACACGCUGAAGAAGCAUUCUGCUAGGAAGUGUGGCUGUGUCUGAGGAAGUCACUUGAAUGUGACAAAAUAACGGCAUCAGCGAACUAAGGAUCGCCUUUACAAGCUGGUGCUGCAAAGGGAGGGAUUACUGUUGGACAAGUGUAUACGAGGUCAAACAGGGAUUGCAUCGUCCCUUAGUGUCAGUAGUCAUCAGAGGAGAUACAGGUGAGUAUACAGAGACCACCUGAAAGACACUGGAACAGCCGUUCAAAAGCAACCUGUACAUUUAACUUUGACAGUCCGUACUCAGUCCUCCAGAUCCCGUUACCAGUAUUUGACUGUUCAGACACAUGCAAAAAUGUAUCAGGUGUGCACCUAUUUGCAGAAGAUUAAAUACUGUUACACUUCCAGAUUUGCUAACUGUGCUGUCUAAAAAGGCAAGAGUGAAGAAAAACUAGAAGAAUUAAUUUCCCAGGAACAUCAGUUUUCCAUAACUGGCUCUUAAGACUCCAGAUGAACCCGCAGAUUUGAAGAGAUCAUUCUGUUGCCGUCUAAGUCACAUCCACUGCAUAGCCUGGAUGUUGACAUUCAGAGCCAAGGAACCACGGCGGAGUGCAGCAAAGACUUUUUGGUGCAACGCAUCUACAUAAAAUCCAAUCAUAUAUAUACAUACAUAGUAUAUAUAGAUACGUGUGUGUAAGAGGUAUAUUUAUUAAGAUGGAAUUAACUUAUUGUUAUUUAUUUCAAUCCAUUUUACGCAAGAAAUUGUCAUUUUUCUUAUUUAUUUAAAAGCUUUGUAUGUCCUGGAUGGUGCCAAAGUGGAGCAUUUUCUCAUGCAAAAGCUCACAAGGUGACCCAGAACUGCUAAACACACUUUAUUAACGCUUCUUCAUGCCACUUAGAUUCCAGUGUUUCUCAUUUCAUGCAUCUAAAUGAUAAUCAUUAGCUAUCAAGUUCAGGAAGGACAGACAGAGAGGAAGAGGAGGGGACCAAUAGAAGAAAUUUGAUAGGGUUGAUGUGUUGUUUUGAAGCAUUUAGAGGGACGGCACUAGUUCACCUCAUUCUCACAAACGUGACCACGCAAAGACAAGAGGGGAAACUUCAGCUCUCUCCUCACAGCACCCAGGUAUAGACUUCUGUUCAACCCAUCCCUUCAUUAAUGCUCUAUGUUUACAAGGAAAUAAAUAACUCUUUGCUGCUGUUUAUUUUCAAGACAAUUUUCACAUUAAUAAUCCAGGACAGAUUUAAACAGAAGCCAUAACAUCUUUAAAUUUAAAAUCAACAUGAGAGUGGUGGUCUCACAAGGAUCUGUACGUGCCUUUGAGGAUCCAUCCUUUAGGUCAAAGUACAGAAGCUGCUAGAAUACCUGCCUAUCAGCGCACAUCAUCCGAAACCUCACUCUGGCCUUGCACUAAGUCUGAGCAAAGGCUUUGCAGCGGUUACUGUCCCAAUAGGCUUUAAAGUUCAUGGGACUGCCUGUGUCUCUGUCUGAACUCUGACAGACAGGUCUUAUUCCCUCAAAGGGGAUUUGAAAGUGAUCCUCUAACACGAGUCUUAACCAAAUAUCCCCGCUGGCAAAGGCAGUUUAAGGAGGAUCUAGCUACUGUAGUGGCUGUCAUCGUGCAACCGAUGUAAAUAUCUCAAGAAUAGACGUUUCGACAAAAGAGCAUGUUUUGGAAUUACCGAGCGAAGCUGAAGUGUUUGCUCAACAUGCUUUCUACAUGUAACGACUCGUUCAGUCAAAUUUAUUCCCAAACUACAGCGGAAAUAUACAUGCAGCAAAACAAGAGGCUCUUCAAAAAGCACGUCGCUGUGCCCUGCAAAGGGGGUCGUUUUAAGUGGAACAAAGAGAGCCCUCGUGUAGGUCUUGAUGUUAGCAUGGAUUAGGGACCAAGGUAUCUGUGCCUACCCAGCAGCAAGCAAGCCAGCUUUACUGUGUAAUCCCCCUGCACAGAACAAAUCCACUGCAUCAAGCUGAAUUUAGGCCAAACACUACACAGGGAGGAAAAAAAAACUCUCAGCUUUUAUCACAGCAUACCUCAUCAAUUGGAUCAUCUUCCCCUUUUAACAACUGAUUCGUGUGCAUAAGCCUUUCCAGAUGAGAUUGUGCAGUUAGGAGACUUCCCAGAAGCCUCAGAGCGCCUUGUGACUCGUCGAUACCAUACGUUAAAGUGUGUGAACUGUGACCACUCGCCCGCUCAUCGUCACGACUGUUCUGCUCAACUGUUCAUUAGUUCUCUGGAUCUGGUGCAAAGGUAAACGAGCAAUAGGUAAAGAUGCUAAGGAAUCCUCAGUGUUAAUAUUAGAAGAAAGGAUUGCAUUUGUUGUCACUCCGUUAACACCUCUGUGAAAAGAAAAAACAGUCAUGUCGUCUCACUUGUUUUGUGUUACAGAACCAAAGCUCUCCGCAAACUUUAUUUUUGUACAAUAUUCAUUUUAUAACUUUUUACAGAAUUAAACUUGUUUCUAUUAAAUGAA